AAUCUUUUUCAAAACAACAAGACAAUGAAAAAAUAAAACAUUCAUUAGAGGAGGAAGGGAAAGUAACUGCAUCAAGAGUAAGCUAAGAGUGUGUAGAAAAGGAUGAAGUUCACCUGCAUGAACAUCAUCAUCUUCAUAGCUUUUCUAUUAUCAACAGCAACACUCACAUUUUCAGCAUCAGAGUCUUCAGAAUCCAACAUCAUUUCACGUUUCCAACAGUUCCUACAAAUCAAAACCAACCAUCCAACCCCAAACUACACACAAUCAUCAGAUUUCCUUACAUCACAAGCCAAAUCCCUCUCACUCCAUUCCCAAACUAUCGAACUUGUUCCAGGAAAACCUUUAGUCCUUCUCAAAUGGACCGGAACCAGCCCAGAGCUUCCUGCCAUCAUGCUCUACUCUCACACUGAUGUUGUCCCUGCGGAACAAGAUAAAUGGGAUCACCCUCCCUUUGAAGCCCAUGUGGAUUCUGAGGGAAGAAUCUAUGCGAGAGGCUCUCAGGAUAUGAAGUGUGUUGGAAUGCAGUAUCUUGAAGCUGUUCGUAAGCUUAAACAAUGGGGGUUUCAACCCAAAAGGACUAUUUAUUUGGCUUUUGCUCCUGAUGAGGAAAUUGGUGGACAUGAUGGUGCUGAGAAGUUUUCUCUUUCUAGGGUUUUUCAGGAUUUGAAUGUUGGUAUAGUGCUUGAUGAAGGGCUUCCUUCUCUGGACGACCAUUACAGGGCAUUCUAUGCAGAGAGGAGUCCGUGGUGGUUGGUGAUCAAGGCUGUUGGGAUUCCUGGGCAUGGAGCCAAGCUUUAUGAUAACUCUGCUAUGGAGAAUCUUUUGAAGAGUAUUGAAAGCAUCCGAAGGUAUCGUGCCUCGCAGUCUGACUUGAUAAAGGCCGGCUUGAAGGCUGUUGGGGAAGUUGUUUCUAUCAACACGGUCUUUUUGAAAUCUGGAACCCCAUCACCAACAGGUUUUGUCAUGAAUUUGCAGCCAUCUGAAGCAGAAGCUGGAUUUGAUAUUAGAGUGCCACCAACUGCGGAUACAGAAUCACUGGAGAGGCGAAUUGCCGAAGAGUGGGCACCUACUUGGCGUAAUAUGUCUUUCAUCUUUAAACAAAAGAUGUAUGGGCGCGAUGCAUCCGGAAAACCAGCCGUCACCAAAACUGACAGUUCCAAUCCUUGGUGGGCAUUGUUAGAAAAUGCUGUUCAAGAGGCUGGCGGGAAACUUGGCAAACCAGAGAUCUUUCCUGCGUCUACAGAUGCACGCUAUUUCCGCAGUCUUGGAUUUCCAGCUAUUGGAUUUUCACCUAUUGCAAACACUCCUGAUCUACUCCAUGACCACAAUGAGUAUCUUCACAAAGAUGAAUAUUUGAAAGGAAUCAAAAUAUAUGAGUCAAUUAUUAAGGCAUAUGCAUCCUAUGAUGAACAUGGAAAAGAUGAAAGGUCCAAAGAUGAGCUAUGAGCAAGGACUGUGGCACUGUGGCUUUGUCUCAGAUGUAACAUGAUUUGAAGUGACUCAAUAAAAAGAAAAUAAAACCACUUAGCUUUAUGUGAAUAUUUUCUUGAAUAAACUGCAUAAUUUUGUAAUGAAAAACUACUUUAUUAUGUUA